AUGAAUUCAGUUUUAGCUACAUUCAAGCUAAGUUUAUUGGCCAUCAACCAGUUUCUAAGAUUUUCUAGAUCAGAAUUUACUGCAAUCUCAACAUCAGUCAUUGAGUCUCCAGAAGCUGUGAGACUUGUAUCAUCAGCAAAUAGGCGAGGUCUUGUAUUAUCAAGGCACUCGG